CUCUCUCUCUCUCUCUCUUUUCUGUGAGGCAGUUCUUGCACAUCUUGAUAGAUUGGAGAGCUUAUUGGUAGAGACUGAGGGAACCCAGUAAGAACUCGAGAAAGAACGAUCUGGGUGGGCCUCAUUUUCUUGUUAUAUACGCGGGAGUGAUCCAAGAACUUGCGCGGAGGCCAAAUCUUGGUCACCCAUUUGCAUUAAGGAUUCGGCGGCGAUAUUUUGUACGACGGUGGGCAUGAGGUUGAGUGGAGAGAUUUCGAGCGAGGACGAGGAAGAGAAGGAGGAACGAGUGGAUUCACACGUCUGCCCGAGUUCACUCGACGUCGAUGACAAGGUGGUGGUGGGCUACGCUCUGACUUCCAAGAAGAAGAAGAGUUUUCUGCAGCCGAAACUCGAAGGACUUGCGCGAAACAAGGGGAUACUGUUUGUUGCCAUCGAUAUCAGCAGGCCCUUAGCAGACCAAGGUCCAUUCGAUGUUGUUUUGCACAAGAUAUCAGGAAAGGAAUGGUUCAAGAUCAUUGAGGGCUACCAGAGAAAACAUCCAGAAGUAGCUGUAGUUGAUCCUCCUGAUGCUAUUGAACAUUUAUGUGAUCGCCAAUCCAUGCUCCAGGAUGUUGCAGAUCUGAACAUGCAUGACUGCUAUGGCACAGUGGGAGUUCCAAAGCAAUUGGUCAUAAGAGAAGAUUCUCAAUCCAUCCCGUGUGAAGUUGCUGAAGCUGGACUAAGUUUGCCACUAGUUGCCAAACCACUAGUGGUGGAUGGAAGCCCCAAGUCCCAUGAAUUGUUUCUUGCUUAUGAUCGGUACUCCCUCGCAGAGCUUGAGCCUCCCCUGGUUUUGCAAGAGUUUGUUAAUCAUGGUGGUGUGCUCUUUAAGGUAUAUAUUAUUGGUGAUUUUAUAAAGGUUGUUAGGCGUUUCUCUCUACCAAAUAUCAGCAGGCGGAAGCUUUCUAAAGUUACUGGAGUGUUUCCAUUCCCAAGGGUUUCCUCUGCUGCAUCUUCAGCAGAAGAUGCUGAUCUCGACCCCGGUGUUACUGAACUCCCUCCCAGACCCUUACUGGAGAAGCUUGCAAAAGAGCUCCGCCACCGGCUGGGUCUCCAACUGUUCAACAUAGAUAUGAUAAGGGAGCAGGUGAAUAGAGACAUGUAUUUUGUCAUUGACAUCAACUACUUUCCAGGAUACGGUAAAUUGCCCGACUACGAGCACAUGUUUACCGAUUUUUUACUGAGUGUGAGCAAAAAGCAAGGGGAGAACUGGAACUAUGGGAAGCAAGUUUCAAUUAUACAUGCAGUAUUAGAUGAUCCUCGGAAUCGGAACAAUUAACAAAUAUCUCUGACUGGUAAUUUUGACCUAAUACCUGGUGCCUGCCAAUCUACUUGAGAUUGCAUUCAGGAGGAGUUUAGCGCCUUCUAGCUCUGGAACGGAGCAUCAGACUCACUCUGUUGCAGAGGAUUGCCCUUCGAUGAGAUAAGUUUUAAAAGUCAUGUACAAUAAAAUUUGUUAAUAUGCAUAAUCCAAUCAUUCGUAGUAUAACGGUCGAUGUAACAUCUCGACAGUUCUCUUAAUUCGUUGCAAUAAAAACAAGAUCUCUCUUCUUGACGUUUGACAUAGUCA